GUAAAGAAGUUAAAAGAGUGCAAAACGAAGUUUGCCAUCAAUUUUAUUAAAAAUGUGUCACUCUAAUGAGCAGACUGUCAACGAGAAAAAUAGUCGAGAUAAUGUAACAAGAAGCCUCUUAGAUGUCGAAAGUGCUGAACCACAAAAGUUGACGUAUCCAAAACGAAUAUUUCUUAUAAUUGGUAAUGAAUUUUGUGAGCGAUUCAAUUUCUAUGGAAUGAGAGCAAUAUUGGUAUUUUAUAUGAAAUACAAACUUGAUUUUACGGAAAGUGACGCCGCAGUAUUGUUUCAUACGUUUGUAAUGUUAAUGUAUUUAACGUGUAUUUUGGGUGCUGUCUUAUCUGACGUUUGGCUGGGGAAAUUCAGAACCAUUUUAUAUUUGUCAAUUUUAUACGCCGCCGGAAGCAUAAUAGUUUCAAUAUCAGCAGUCCCAGGCAUUGUGAUAUCACCAAAAAUGGCGCUUUACAUCGGAUUGACUUUGAUCGCAUUCGGAGGUGGAGGAAUAAAGCCGUGUGUGUCGGCGUUUGGUGGAGAUCAGUUUAAAUUGCCGGAGCAAAGUACACAAAUGGCCACAUAUUUCUCUCUGUUUUACUUUGUAUUCAAUGCGGGUUCAUUCAUCUCAACUUUAAUCACACCAGUUCUAAGAGCAGACGUACAUUGUUUCAACGAAAAUGAUUGCUAUUCACUUGCGUUUGGAGUACCUGCACUACUAAUGAUCUUAGCUAUCCUUUUCUUCGUAAGUGGUAGAUCAUCUUACACCUGUGUUAAAACAUCAUCCGAUAAUAUGUUGCUGAAAAUGUUAAAAUGCACAUGGCAUGCAAUAGUCACCAAACAGCUUGAAAGAAAAACAAAACCACGUAAAAAUCUGCUCGAUUAUUCAAUCGAAAAGUACGGAGCUCAAUUAGUGGAUGAUAUAAGAGCUAUGGUUAAAAUUUGCGUACUAUAUUUGCCGUUUUCUUUCUUCUGGACGUUAUCAUAUCAACCUGGAUCACUCUGGACAUUCCAAGCCAGUAAAAUGAACGGUGACCUUGGAUUUUACACCAUGAAACCGGAUCAAAUGCAAAUGGUCGAAUCGUUAAUGGUGCUCAUAUUUAUUCCAUUAUAUCAGACUGUUGUCAAUCCGGCAUUGGCUAUUAUCGGCAUAAGACGACCACUACAAAAACUAACUUUUGGUGGCGCCAUGGCGGUAAUCUCAUUUUUGCUCGCUGCAUAUGUUGAACACCGAAUUGAUUCCAUGCCCACAAAAUCCGUUAACAUAUUAUGGCAAAUGCCACAAUAUACUGUUUUUACAUUGGCUGAAGCCAUGGUCUCAGUUACCGGUUUAUCUUAUUCAUACAGUCAAGCGCCGGAGAGCAUGAAAUCAGUUGCAUACUGUUUUUG